AAUGCAGUUGGGUUGAGGGAGUUUGUAGCAUUUCAGUUGUGCAGCGGACCGCUCUACGAGUUCGUUCGACACAAUUCGAGAGAUUCUACAAAAAAACAUCACAUUUUUCUGAAGAAAUAACUCAAUUAAUUAAUUCAAAUAAAAAUGUGCGGAAUCUGGGCAUUAUUUGGGAUUGAAGAGGAGACGUUGACCUGUGUCUGCACUAACGUUAAUAAAAUUGUGCACAGAGGACCGGAUGCGUUGAGAAUAGAAUACGACAAUCGUGUCAAGAAUGCAUUUUUGGGGUUUCAACGAUUGUCCAUCGUGGACAGUCUCUGUGGAAUGCAGCCCAUGAGGAUCAAUAAAUAUCCCCACGUGUUUCUACUCUGCAAUGGAGAGCUUUAUAACCACAAACAACUCAGGGACAGACAUAACUACGAGUAUGCGACGAGGUGCGACGUGGAGGUAAUAACGCACCUGUACAUGAACGCCGGUGUGGAGAAUGUGGCUAGUUCGUUGGAUGGAGUAUUCGCGUUUUGCUUGAUGGAUGUGAAGGAGAAUAAAGUUGUUAUUGGGAGGGAUCCGUACGGGGUCAGACCUCUAUUUAGACUGCGGAGUUCAGAGGGCCAGCUUGCGAUAUGUUCGGAGAGCAAGGGUUUGAUCGGUCUAGCCGAUCAAAUGGCAGGAACCUGGACCCUAGAGCCCUUCCCCCCAGGGCACUACGAGGAAUACCGUCUCCUCCCCGACGGAAAAGUGAAACUCCUGAGAACCGUCAACUACCACAAACCCGGUGACAAGCCCUCCUUCGACGUCUCCGUUCCCUGGCAGUCCCUGACCCCCUCAGACGUCCCCGGGAACAUCAGAAAAUUGCUGACAGCAGCUGUGAACAAACGUCUCAUGGCAGACAGGCGAAUUGGCUGUUUGCUAUCAGGAGGUCUCGACUCUAGUCUCAUAGCUGCACUCCUCGUUAAACAGGCGAGGCAACACAACAUUAAUUACAAAAUCCAGAGUUUUGCCAUUGGCAUGGGGGACAGCCCUGACAUCAGGGCUGCGAGACAAGUCGCUGAUUUCAUCGAUACUGAGCAUCAUGAAGUCAUUUUCACCCCUAAGGAUGUCGAGGAAGUGUUGGAUCAAGUAAUUUAUACUUUGGAGACGUUUGAUAUCACUACAAUCAGAGCAUCGAUUGGGAUGUACCUCCUGGCUCGUUACAUAAAACGUAACACAGAUACGACCGUGAUAUUCAGUGGAGAGGGUGCUGACGAGGUUGCCCAAGGCUACAUAUACUUCAGAGACGCCCCAAGUGCCCACGAGGCUCACCAGGAGAGCCUGCGAUUGCUGAAAGACAUCUACCUGUACGAUGGCCUCAGAGCUGACAGGACGACUGCAGGUCACAGUCUGGAGCUCAGAGUCCCCUUCCUAGACCUCCAGUUCACCAAUUACUUUUUGUCCCUCGAGGCUGCCACCAGGCAGCCCCAGAAUGGCGUUGAGAAGCAUUUACUGAGAUCUGCGUUCGAGGAAGAGAACCUUCUUCCCAACAACAUCCUCUGGAGGCAUAAGGAAGCCUUCAGCGAUGGUGUCGCUUCCAUCAAGAAGUCCCUCUUCGAGGUCAUUCAGGAGAUCACAGAUGUACGGGUCUCUGAGGAGGAGCUGGAAGAGGCCAGUGUGACGUUCCCUCAUUGCACACCGAAAACCAAAGAGGCUUAUUAUUACAGGAAGCUCUUUGAGUCUCAUUACUCCGGGACGGGGGAAAGCUUCACUCCUUACUUCUGGAUGCCUCGGUGGGUGAAGAACGUCAGCGAUCCCUCAGCUAGGUUCAUCAAGCAUUACGCUGCUGAGAAGAAGGAAGAAGCCUAGAUCUUUUCAAUUUGAAGGACGAGACAUUGCGGGGAAUUUAUUUGUGAUCUCUGCCUUGACUUGAUGUCAAGUUUUUUCAGAAAAUUAUGAUUUUUUAGUUGGUUUAUAAUUGGGAAAUGAUUGACUAAGUGAUAAUAUUUGUCGAAUAUUGGAGAGGAAUGAAGAUUUGUAAACAAGAAUGCAAAUAAAACGUUUAAAUUUAUAA